AUGGCCACUCCUCCUAUACUCGCUUUCGAUGCUGAGGGCCGCCCAGUGAAGUUCGACACCUGGCUCGAUGACCUCCACCUCUUCCUACAGCUCACUGCCAAGGAGGACAUUUCACUGUACGAUCACGCCCUAGGCCAUGCUACUGCCCCUCCUUCCACUGCUGACAGCACUCAGCGCUCACAGUGGCAGACUCGUGACGCCCACGCUCGCUUUGCCAUUCGCAACUCCCUGCCGCUAGAUGAGCGCGAGCACUUUGGCCAGCACAAAACUGCUAAGGACCUGUACACUGCUGUCGUCGCUCGUUACUCCUCACCUGCUUCUGCCACACUAGGCCGCCUCUCACUCCCCUACCUGUUCCCCGACCUGGCCUCCUUUCACACAGUUGCUGACCUCAUCACCCACCUCAAGACUAGUGAGGCCCGCUUCCGCGCUGCUAUGCCUGACGAGUUCCUUGCUAGCAACCCCCCCCCGCUCUGGCUCACUCUCUACCACAUCGUCACCCGCCUCCCUGACUCUCUGCGCGCAGUCAGGGAUCACUUCCUAGCUCGCUGCCCCACUGAGCUCACCAUUGCCCUCCUCGAGAAGGAACUCCUUGCAGCUGAGGCGAGCAUCGUCGCUGUAGGUGCCUCUCGUGGCGACCCCCGCACCCCUUUCUUUGAGGGGUGUUCCCCUUCCCCCCUUCUCCCCUCUGUCGCCUCUGCUGCUGCUGUCGACCUCCUUGGUGCUGAGAAGGUCGGGACCGCGUCUGCUUCGAGCGGGCGCCGCAGGAACAAAGGGGGCAAGGGUGGAGGUGGCGGCGGGGGCGGUGGGGGUGGAGGCGGUGGGAGUGGAGGAGGGGCUGGAGAGGCUAGUGGCGGCAGUGGGGGUGGUGACGGCAGCGGCGGAGGCGGUGGCAGGGGCGGGGGCGGCAGCGGGGGCGGAGGUGGUCGUGGCAGCGGCAGAGGAGGAGGUGGUCGAGGAGGUGGCGGCGGCGGUGGUGGUCGUGGAGGCGCUGGCGGUGGUCUGAGCCAGCAGCACACUCCGUCGCUCCAGGAGGCCCGUGAGUGGUAUGCCCAGCGCCCGGGGGCGCGUGGCUUUAGCUGCACGUACGUCAUCCGCACUGGUGACCGCACUGGUCAGACGUGUGGGAGGCCGCACCCCACGCACCGCUGUUUCUCGCGCCUUGACGACGCUUGGCGCGCUCAGUUCCCUGACGGCGCUGAGCUGCCCCGCUGGCUUGAUCUAAAGAGGAAGGGAGUUGAUAUCUGGGCUCUAGACUUUGAUGCUAUUCUCACUGCCAUGUAUGCGAUGUUUACUAGUGGAGAGGGUGCUCAGUACUUGCGUGUUCCGCCCGACCCGGGCAUUCUGACCAGUGAGGCUGCUGCUCUAGGUGCUAGUGAGACUGCCACUGCAGGUACUCGCGUGUCUGCCACCUCAGGUGAUGGUGAGGCUGUCGCUCUAGGUGCUAGUGAGUCUGUCUCCCCUGGUACUGAGUCGACUGAGGCACUGCACACCUUCACCCUGGACUCAGGUGCUUCUCGCUGUUUCUUUCGUGACCGCACUGCCCUUGAGCCGCUUGCUCGGCCAGUUGCUGUCUCCCUCGCUGACCCCUCUGGGGGUCCGGUCAUUGCGACCUCCUCCACUGUUCUUCCCUGUCCUGCGGUCCCGUCAGGCACACUGUCAGGUCUCUACCUCCCCUCGUUCUCUACGAACUUGGUGGCAGGUUGUGCGCUCCAGGACGGGGGUGUUCACCAGUUCACCCCUGCCUACGAGCACGUGACACACUGCACGUGUGCUCGGACGGGCCGUCACCUGGCUACCUUCACUCGGCAGCCGGGGUCGGACCUGUACACACUGACCACUGAGUCCCCUCAGGUAGCUGCGCCCGCGUCCGCGUCUGCGUCAGGCCAGCUGUCGGCCCCCUGCUCGUGUCGCUCUCUGGCGCACGACACCGUCCUCUGGCACCACCGACUUGGCCACCCGUCUGUGCAGCGCCUUCGUGCCAUGCACAAACGGCACCUUGUCUCUGGUCUUCCCAGGGUUCUCCCUCCCCUCCCACCCUCGCCUGCUCCUCCCUGUCUUCCCUGUGUCGAAGGGCGGCAGCGCGCCGCUCCUCACUCCUCCUCCUUUCCCCCGACGACUGCUCCCUUGCAGACGCUCCACCUGGACGUGUGGGGCCCAGCCCGCGUCCGUGGUCAGGGUCAGGAGAGGUACUUCCUGAUAGUUGUUGACGACUUCUCGCGCUACACCACGGUCUUCCCCUUGCGCACCAAGGGUGAGAGGUGGGGAGUUUUCCUCUGGCCUCUUGGAGGCCUUCUGUCAGCAGGAGGGCAUUGA